UGGAGAAAACACCAAGGGGCUGUUUCCCCUGGGUACCAUGCUGAGCCUGCAACUUCAAGCGACCCACUGGUUUAGCCAAACUCUCAACGCUUAAGUCAAAAAAGCAGAAGCAAAAGGAGGGGCCAGUUGCCCGGUGCCCGAAAGGGUUAUUCUGAUUUAGACUGGCAAUAAAAACGCAAUUGGCUGGGAGUUGGCGUGACCAAAGUACAGCCUAAAUGUCUUCCCUCUCCACACAGCACAGCUGGCACUCUGAGGAGGUGAGCGAGCGGCAGGCUGCCCUUGAAGAGCAAUGAUGGAGAAAGAUCAAGAGGCGAGGGAAGGGAAGCUGACCCUGGUGCUGGCCCUGGCAACAUUGAUAGCUGCCUUCGGUUCAUCCUUCCAGUAUGGGUACAAUGUGGCUGCUGUCAACUCACCGUCAGAGCUCAUGCAACAGUUUUACAACAACACCUACUACGAAAGGACCCAGGAGAUCAUCGAAUCUGUCUCCUUGACACUGCUGUGGUCCGUGACGGUGUCCAUGUUCCCCUUUGGAGGCUUUAUAGGUUCUCUCCUGGUUGGCCCCUUAGUGAAUAAAAUGGGCAGAAAAGGGGCCUUGCUGUUCAACAACAUAUUCUCCAUCGUGCCUGCCAUCCUGAUGGGGUGCAGCAAAGUCGCCAAGUUGUUCGAGCUUAUAAUCGCCUCCAGACUUAUUGUUGGGAUAUGUGCAGGUAUAUCUUCCAACGUGGUCCCUAUGUACUUGGGGGAGCUGGCACCUAAAAACCUGCGAGGGGCCCUCGGGGUGGUACCUCAGCUCUUCAUCACGGUCGGCAUCCUCGUGGCCCAGCUGUUCGGCUUUCGGAGUCUCUUGGCAACUGAGGAAGGCUGGCCAAUCCUCCUGGGGCUGACUGGAGUCCCCGCAGCCUUGCAGCUCCUUCUCCUGCCCUUCUUCCCCGAGAGUCCCCGCUACCUGCUGAUUCAGAAGAAAGAUGAGCCAGCCGCCCAGAAAGCCCUGCAGAGGCUCCGAGGCUGGAGCGAUGUGCACCUGGAAAUGGAGGAGAUCCGGAAGGAGGACGAGGCUGAGCGGGCCGCGGGCUUCGUCUCAGUGUGGAAGUUGUUCAAGACGCAGUCCCUGCGCUGGCAGCUCAUCUCCAUCAUCGUGCUCAUGGCCGGCCAGCAGCUGUCAGGAGUGAAUGCGAUCUACUACUACGCUGACCAGAUCUACCUGAGCGCAGGUGUGGCAAGCAAUGACGUCCAGUAUGUGACUGCCGGGACAGGGGCGGUCAACGUGUUCAUGACCAUCGUCACGGUAUUCGUGGUAGAGUUUUGGGGACGGCGACUUCUGCUCCUCCUAGGCUUCGCCACCUGCCUCACCUCCUGUAUCGUGCUGACAAUCGCACUGGCGCUGCAGGACACCGUCUCCUGGAUGCCUUACAUCAGCAUCAUCUGUGUCAUCGCCUACGUCAUAGGACACGCCCUGGGACCCAGUCCCAUCCCUGCCCUGUUCAUCACUGAGAUCUUCCUGCAGUCCUCCAGGCCAGCUGCCUUCAUGGUCGGGGGCAGCGUCCACUGGCUCUCCAACUUCGCCGUGGGGCUCAUCUUCCCAUUCAUUCAAGUGGGCCUCGGCGCCUACAGCUUCAUCAUCUUCGCAGUCAUAUGUCUCCUCACCACUGUCUACAUCUUCCUGGUCAUCCCGGAGACCAAGGGCAGGUCGUUUAUUGAGAUCAACCAGAUCUUUGCCAAGAAGAACAAGGUGUCAGAUGCAUGCCUGGACAAGGAGGAACUCAAAGACCUUCCGCCUGUCAUCUCUCAGUAGCGGCAGAACCAGCCCACGAGACGGGGGAGCUGGUCUGCGCAGACCUUUUUUCUGGACUCUGGUUCUGGCUUCUUACUGUCAGUGACAUUGGAAGUGAGAUGAGCCUGGUGGGAAAUGUCAGCCCCAUCACCGGCCUCCACCCAGUGGGGGCAUCUGACUUUCCUUUCUGCUGUCUCUAGGCAUAGAGGCCAGCCACAGGCUCUCAGCCACAAGCCACACUUGUCCCUCAACUUUGCUGAGUUGACUGUGGUGGGGCGGGGCUACUGUGCCAUAGCUUUUCUAACAAAAGUGGCUGCUGCCGGACCAGAUGUGAGGAUCACAUUAUACCAGCAAAGGUGACUCUGCUGUGGCUCCCAAGAGCCUCAGGGGUCACUGGGUGUUUGCUUGGGAUGGAAGACAUCCUCUGUCCUGGCCCAGAAAUGUCACAAAGCUGGGGAACGGACCAUGGGAAGACAAUCACUGAGCAAGAAUUAUUGAGUGUAAAUGAUAGUAUUAGUAGAAAACGGUGUCACCUCUGUGUAGCCAAUAAAACAGAUCCCAUCACUUUUCA